GCGUCCGAGCCUUGUGAUCACCCAUGAUGCAGUUAGGGCAGUACCAAAGGUCUUGUAAAACCUAUGUGGGAUUCUGAAUAAAAAUGUAUGUGUGCGAGAACCCCAAAUUUGCAUACGGAAAGAAAUUUCAGACUUCUUAAAACGGGUAAUAAAUUUUUAAAUGUGUAUACACAUGCCUUGACUUCACCAUAGAGAGUUAAUACAUAGUUGCUAAUGAAUGUGGUGUCGAUCAGUCAAAGAUGAAAUGGCAGCACAUCAACUGUCCUGUGUGAGUGGCAACGGUACACUGUGACAGCUUUUUAGGUAGUAAAGCCUGUAAAGGGGAAGAUAUCCUACAUUACAGCACACAAGUCACAUAUUAAUUAUUGUGCUUCUCUAUAUAAAAAUUGUUCAUGCCAGUAUUGAAACCAUAGAAUCCAUUUUCUGGACUGGUUGCCUGCUAGUCACAGGGCAAAUAUAGAACCAUUCACACCUAUGGAUGUAAUAUAAAUAUGGGAAGAGCAUGCAAACGUCACACACAUGCUCCAAACAGAUUUAAGAAGGAUGCAGAGGCUUUGUGGCUUCCUCUACUAUCAGGCUCAUGAAAGACCUUGGCUUCCAUGGACGGCUAAGCAUGUAAAACACAGGAAGCCUCCAGUCAUUGUUGCUCUAAAAACACGCCCACAUGAUGAUUUUGAACUUCCACUCAGCCAGGACUGUGAUGUUACACAUCAUGCAGUAGCUGUUCGAUGACACAGACAUCGGUCAGGGAGAAGAGAUCAUCAUGCCUGGCCCCAGCGGAAAAAAGAGACUUAGCUCUCGUCGGCGGGUGAUAAAACACAACGAAACACCUGAGGAUUUGACCGUAUCAGACCCGUCACCUGCAGCACAACCAGAAGAAAAGACAGAUCUGACCCCUUUGGAAACGCAUUAUCUACUUUCAUCAGAACAGAAAGGCAACAGAAGAAAGCUAGACUCCAAUCAACAAAGUCAAAGAAAAUAUGAAGUUGAGCAAUCCUCUCGUGCAACACACCACAAACCUACAGAGGAAGUUGAGCAAAAUGUGAGUAGAGAACAACACCAAACAACACCAAUGAUACAAACUGAAGAAGCCAUUCAAAUAGGAUUUAAUAAGACAGAUGAGUAUGCAGCACAUUUGUAUGCAGCCUCCACAGUUGAUGAUGUGGAAAGGCCUCAGCCAAUAACUGAAACUUUGCAUGUGGACCAUCAUGUACAAGAGAGUGGCUCUCUAGUGAAUGCUGAGCCCUAUAAACCACUGGAAGAGACGGGCACAACUGCAGAAGUGGUUUGGUGCAGUGCACAUUCUACAGUUGAGAAGCAACUAAUCCACCACGCAAAGGUCACAGCCAUGCCGGUCCAUAUUAGUCCAGUAACUGACUCAGAAAAGGAGAAUACCAAUGAAGAAACAGACCUGCUAACUCUCAUCGAACAUUCAACGGAAGGAAUGACCUUUUCGACAGGAACAGAGAUAGCCCCUGACAAAAGGUACUAUGAUGAAAUCCGAAACCAUAAUGAGCAAGCAGACUACCCCUUGACAGUGGAGGAACUGCCUGUAAAUGCGGAACAACAUGAGCAUUUUGACAUUUCACGAGUCAGAGUUGCGCAGCAUCCAGACAUAGUGAUUGACUAUGUUAAAUCAUUGGAAUCAGACCAUGUGGAAGUCUCUCAGAUCUUGAUACAUGACCAUAAAGAAGAUACUUUGAAAAAGAUGGAAGAUCAAAUAAUGAAUCAAUCUGAGUUGACUGUGCAAAUCCCUAAAAACAAACAGGAAGUGCAGCCUUCCAAAGAGGACAUGGAGGUUUUAGACCAGGAAGAUGAAAAUGAUCACAUUUGUAGUACCAACAUGGAGCUAUUAAUCCAUGUGGACAAUACUGAACAUAGACAGCCCCAGGAAAAUGAUCAUGACGCUCACAUGGUCUGUGAUGAGGAACAAAGUCCUGAAAGAGUCGUUAGUGGAAUUGAGAAGAGGGAAUUGUCCUCACAAAGCGAGCAACCACAGAAAAGUUUUGUUGUCGACUCGCAAGGUGAACACAACAAUAUGAGUGCAGAUGUGCCAACAGAGUCCUUCAGUCCAGCUCGAAGCAGGAGAAAACUGGGUUCUAGUCGACGGAACAAAAGAAGCCCAGUAAAGGACUUUGACCCAUUCAGUGAACUAAAAGACACUGUUUCUGCCGAAGAGACUAGAGAUGACACAAAUCAUCCAGACCUUUCGAGAAAAACAACUGAAUUGGUGUCAGAGGAAACUUUGCCGAUUGAAAUUGAUACUUUAGGAACUAUCGAAGGUGAAGACAUGAGGGAUUUAGUCUGGAAAACAAAUAGACAUCCCAACUCAGCCCAGCUUUUGAGUGACCGAUCCAAUUCCACAGAAACUCCAGUGGAGCUGGACUUUGAACCCAACGUUGAACCCAAACCAAAAGCAGUUGAGGAAAAUGCAACUCCAAAGACGCAGAAUAGAAACGUAGAGGACGGCUAUUUUUUGAGUCAACCGCCUUUGGAUGCACUGGUGUCUUCUCCCACACCAGAGAUGACCAGCCUUAAUGAUGAUGCAAACACUGAAGACCAUGGACCACCAAAAGCAGAAACAUCGACAACUGAGGUCCAACAUGGCGAGGUUCUAAUUAAAGAGUUUGGAUCAUUAGAAAUCAACCAAAAGGAAGACUCUGAAAUGUGGAUGCAUGAGCAUGAAGAAGAUAUUGAACACCAAGUAGAGGAAAUCAGAGAAACAGAAAAAACGAAAUGUCAUGAUUCAAGUUUAAAUCCACCUGUCAAACAGGAUGAGGACACUAUGAAGGAGGACAAGAUGGAGGAUUUGGACCAGAGAGAUGAAAAAGAAGUAUUAAUCAACAUAAAUACAGAAGAUACACCACCGCAGGAACACCACAUGGAAGCUCAAAUGGUGUCUGAUGUGGAACAAAGUCCUGAGAGAGUCGAGGAGAGUGAAGUAUCUUCACAAAGUGUGCAACCAGACCAAAGUUCUGUCUUCCACUCCCAAAAUGAGGACAACAAUGCAAGUGCAGAUGUGCCAACAGAGUCCUUCAGUCCAGCUGGAAUCAGGAGAAAACUGGGUUCUAGUCGACGGAACAAAGGAAGCCGUGUAAAGGACUUUGACCCAUUCAGUGAACUAAAAGACACUGUUUCUGCUGAAGAGACUAAAGAUGACACAAAUCAUCCAGACCUUUCGAGAAAAACAACUGAAUUGGUGUCAAAGGAAACUUUGACGAUUGAAAUUGAUACUUUAGGAACUAUCGAAGGUGAAGACAUGAGUGAUUUAGUCUGGAAAACAAAUAGACAUCCCAACUCAGCCCAGCUUUUGAGUGACCGAUCCAAUUCCACAGAAACUCCAGUGGAGCUGGACUUUGAACCCAACGUUGAACCCAAACCAAAAGCAGUAGAGGAAAAUGCAUCUCCAUUGACGCAGAGUAGAAACGUAGAGGACGGCUAUUUUUUGAGUCAACCUCCUUUGGAUGCACUGGUGUCUUCUCCCACACCAGAGAUGACCAGCCUUAAUGAUGAUGCAAACACUGAAGACCAUGGACCACCAAAAGCAGAAACAUCGACAGCUGAGGUCCAACAUGGCGAGGUUCUAAUUAAAGAGUUUGGAUCAUUAGAAAUCAACCAAAAGGAAGACUCUGAAAUGUGGAUGCAUGAGCAUGAAGAAGAUAUUGAACGCCAAGUAGAGGAAAUCAGAGAAACAGAAAAAACGAAAUGUCAUGAUUCAAGUUUAAAUCCACUUGUGAAACAGGAAGAGGACACUAUGAAGGAGGACAAGAUGGAAGAUUUGGACCAGAGAGAUGAAAAAGAUGUAUUAAUCAACAUAAAUACAGAAGAUACACCACCGCAGGAACACCACAUGGAAGCUCAAAUGGUGUCUGAUGUGGAACAAAGUCCUGAGAAAAUUGAGGAGAGUGAAGUAUCUUCACAAAGUGUCCAACCAGACAAAAGUUCUGUCUUCCACUCCCAAAAUGAGGACAACAAUGCGAGUGCAGAUGUGCCAACAGAGUCCUUCAGUCCAGCUAGAAGCAGGAGAAAACUGGGUUCUAGUCGCCGGAACAAAGGAAGCCGUGUACAUAAGGUCUCUGCUGCUGACACAUACAUUGAAUUAAAAAAAGAGGCUGAAGAUGACAAUAAUGAUCCUGCAGAAACUGCGACAUUGACGCUAGCUAACACUGUGAGAUCAAAUACCAUCUGUACUGCAGAUGCACACACUGAGGACAGUGUAGCCAAAGCCACAACUGCAUCACGCAAAGAGGAAAUGUCACCCAAAGUGGAACACUGUUUCAGCUCUUCAGAUGCUUCUGUGGAGUGUACGGAAGUUAAGACGGAAGGCAAUCUAACAGUUGCAACCGAGACAGCAGGGCAGCAAGCAUCACUACAACAAAGUGAUCCGCACUUUAAACCCACUCAGCAAGUGGAAAUGAAAGUAGCAGUUGAAGACGAUGAAGACAAAGAUGAUCUUCGAUCUGAAGCCGAAGACUUGGAUCAACGUACCGAUAGCACUUCAUAUGUACAAGAGGCAGAAGAACCCUUUUCGGACCAAAACCUAGAAGAUGUGUCUUUACAGAAAGAGUCACUGGCAACUAAAGUAAUGCAUGUUCUUAACGCUGACCAGGAAGAAAUUGAACAACUGCAAAGGGAAUCUGAGGAAAAACCAAAUCCAACACCGGCUCCUGAAGCCUUUGCUUUGAAGUUAAACUAUCCUAUGGAACCAGCAGUGGAUGCAUGUGACACAAGCGUCUCUGACGCAUGUCAGAACCAGCAGGAGAUACAUGAAAACCAAUUGAACUUCCAAGUUAAAACCAGUACCAAGAAGAGGAAGCUGGGUUCCACUCGUAUGCGUCAAAUCAACAGGAAACAAGAACCACAGAUGGAUAGCUUGUGCGGAGAAAUUGAUAUGGGAGGUUUGGAAAACGUGGGAGUGUUGGAGGGUGUUCCACAGAAGGAAGCGUUAGAAGAUCAAAGGGCAGCUUCAUCGUGCGAAAUGAACAAGGCUGAAGAAUACCAGGAGCUUCACAGCAGUACAGGAGAAAGCCACAUGAUAUCAGCCGCAGAUGUCAUGCCUGUCCUUCCAGAACAGUCGUUCAGCUGUCGUGCAGAAGGUUCUAAUCCCUUUACUUCCCAGGCAGAUGAUUUAAGUGGAAAUGAGAAGUGUAUUGAUGCAUUUGAACCCAAUCAUGUUUUGGGUUCUGAUGUUUACAUGAUAACAUCUGUGGACACUGAGCUGCAUCUGAAUACUAGAACCACACCAAGUGGAACUCUAGGCAAAGAUUCAACAGAAUCACCUGCAGAAGAUCAAAUAAAUCCACAAGAACUAAAGACUGAGAGCGGGGAAGCGCCUGAUAAAAACACAGAGACAAGAAGUCCUAAUUUGAGCUUGACACAUAAAAAAAGAAAAAUGGGCUCCACACGCAGAAAUCUGGGCACCAUAUCAAAGGUGGACUUGGAGCAAAAUCUGGAUGUGAAUAAUGCCCAUGUCCAUGAUGUUCUCACUGAACCUGCCAGUCCGGGUGAAGACAUAAAGUUGAAGCCUCAUUCAGGAUACAAAGACUCUGAAGCAAUCAAUAAGAAUGUUGUCCUCAGCCACUCUGGUGAUCUUCAAAACACAACCUCAGAGCAUAAUUUAUCUCCACGUGAUGAUCUCAAAGAAACAUCACCCAAACUUGAUGUGCUGUCAGAAGUGACACUUGGAGGGCGAAGAAGGAAACUGGGGUCCCAUCGGAAGACACGAGGAGGACACCAAAGUCAAGGAGACGACUUGAUGAUGAAAGAUCAGCCUCCAGCGAAAACAGCAACCACGGCAGACGAUGAUGACAUCGUUCAAAACCGUAAAGAAUCAGAGAAUCGUGAGACGGACACCAAACCAUCAUCCAUCAUCAUCUCCUCAAUGUCUGCCAGAAGCCUGACGUCUCAGGAAAUGACCCACCACGAUGGAGUCCUCCUGGGUCAUGACAGCCAGAAGAAUAUUUCUUCAGUCAAACCCUACAACGUCGUCAUGGUUGGAGACAGCUCCGUUGGCAAGACCUCCUUCAUGAGACGAGCUCAGAACGGGAAGUUUCUUCCGGACAUGCCUGCCUCUGUGGGUCUGGAUACGUGCUUGUGGACCGUGGUCGUGGAGGGGAAACCCGUGGUGCUGCAAUUGUGGGAUACAGCAGGGCAAGAGAGAUUUCACAGUGUCACCAAGCAGAUAUUUCACAGAGCUCAUGCAUUUCUCCUGAUGUACGACAUCACUUCCUCGCAAAGCUUCACCGCCGUCUCCUACUGGGCAAGCUGCAUUCAGGAGGGGGCUGUGGACAAAAACAUUCCAAUUUUACUUCUUGGAAAUAAAAGCGACCAUGCAGGACGUCGUGUUAAAACCGAAGAGGGGCAGAAUUUUGCAAAGACGUUCAACUCCGAGUUCAUUGAGUGUAGCGCCGUCACCGGCGACAACGUGAUUCAGUCUUUGGAGGCAGUUGCCAGGUUGUUGAGUCACAGAGAUGCUGGACGAGAGGAAACCUUGGUGUUACACAAAGAGCCUCCCAAGAAAACAACGAGAUGUUGCUGAACACGCGUAAAGUGGUGCAAUAUGGUACAACUCAGGAAUGGUUUUACUUGGCAUGGAAAAAGACAUGUUGAGGCUUUACUGGCCACAUCAUUAGAUACACUGCAUUACCUUGAUAUGAGGGGGUUGGCUUGAGUGUGUUUCAGAUGCUAUUUCUGCUCGUUUUAUUGUAUGCAGCAACUUAUUGAAGAGAUAAUUUUCAGGUUUUUAAUCAUACUUCAACAAAAUCUGCAUUAAUUCUGAAUCAUAAAUGUGCAGGGAUCCGCUGUAUAUUACAGACGGAGGUCAACUGGGGAUGCUCCGAUCAGUCGGCCACUAGUCAAUAUUAGUCAGUACAUUUUGGGUCCCCUGCCCGCUUAUACGGCACCCCUGGCCAACAGUACUCAUCAUAAAUACAUUGAAAAAUGUAUACUUAAUCCCUGUGAUGGUCCGAUUUUACUCAUGCAUGAUCGGUAUCGGAGCAUAAACACCCGGUCGGAGCAUCCCUAAGGUCAACAAGUAGGUGACAACAUUGACACCGUGGUGUAAAUUGUACUUUUCCACUUGUCUUGUGUUGCAAAAUAACUCUCUAACUGCUUAUUAAACCUCUGCACGUUGUUUUUCCACUUUUUUUGUAUUUUCAUGGGCGUAAUUCCAGAAUGGUGUUCACACUUAGGACAACAAGUCCCUCAAUGCUAUGAAGAGCAUGACAACUAUGUGAUGACAUCAUCAGCCCUCCAUUGGCAGGCAAGCGUUGAGACAGCGUCCAGUAACAUAGCAAAAUAGUGAUCAAAUUCAGAUCUCAGGACUGUCACGUCUCCUUUCCAGUCAACAUAACCGUGUUUUCAUAGCGCUUCAUCCACUUGAAUGCAUUUCUUCUCCGGCGUCAUCGUCUUUUUGAUCCUGAGUUUUGUACUUGUGUAUCCUUGAUGUGCUAUUGGAUAAUUUGUUCUUCUUAACAGCAUGGUACUGUCGCACGGCGCCCAUUACGUCACCAGGAGUCCACUGGUCGCGGGUUAGAGCAUCCUGCAGAGUGAAGACGCCGUCUCUCGUGCGGCGAACUCCCUUGCAGACAGCUGUGCUGCGUAACUCCAGUCCGAUCUCGUGCACCACUUUGCGGAGGUAUUUCUGCGUUUCAUUGAGGCACUGCACCUCUGAGAACACAUCAAACAGGAUCAGCGCUUAGAACCAGUAAAAUGGUUUGUCCGUGUAUGGUCGCUGAGGAUUAUUUACCCAGAGUGAAUUUGGGAGGCUGGAAACGAAUGCAUCUUAUGCCCGUUAAAAUAGGCGGCGACUUCCCGUCUGGACCAAGCAAGCCUUGCACGGCCAUUUCGUAGGCUUCCUGUGAACGCAUGUCUACGUUGGCGUAUCUGGAGAUGGGGGGAAAACAUCUAUUAAGGACAAACUGGACCGAUUUUGAUACCUUAUGGAGGGAAAUUUUUCCUACGUUAACAAGGCCUUCUGAUUUGCUCCCUGCAGCAUUGCCAAAACUCUGUCCAGCUUAUCUUGCGUUAUAUGAUCUGUUGAGCAAACAGUCAAGUUAUGUAGUAAACAUAUAUUUUUAAGUGCUUUCAUUAUUCAAAUUCAACAAGAUCCAGUGAGGAUCGGGUUAUGCACUUUCUUAUGCAAUACAUAACUAAUACAUUUUUCACAUCAUUCAUACCAUAGGUGGAUCUUUCCACAACACGUCCUGUGUGCGAGAAGUCAUCUGUAGCAGUCCCAAACUCACCCUCCAGUGUGUAAUCCUGAAAACAGCAAGGCCAAUUAAAUCCAUGUACAUUGUGUCCAAAUAGUGUACCGAUGAGAUGUCAUCACAGGAUAUUCACCCUGGUCACUGGGUAGUUGUGGAGCUCAUUCAGCACUUUGUUAGCAUUCCCGACACCGAGAACUAAAGGAAAAUUACACAACUUGUGUUAAAAUCACUGCAUGAAUUAAAAAAAAUAAAUAAAUUCCGGUCAUACCCAGAACGCCAGAAGAUAAUGUAUCCAAACGAUGGCCUACACCAACUCGAAUUUGCUUGAAUUCAGGGCCGGUUACUGAAAUAACAAAUUUUUAUUUUAGAGGCUUGUACACAAUGCAAAUAAAUUUAUAAUCCAUAAUGUGAUCAUCAGCUAGGAGACCAGGGUUCAAUUCCACCCUCGGCCAUCUCUGUGUGGAGUUUGCAUGUUCUCCCCGUGCAUGCGUGGGUUUUCUCCGAGUACUCCGGUUUCCUCCCACAUUCCAAAAACAUGCUAGGUUAAUUGGCGAAUCCAAAUUGUCCAUAAGUAUGAAUGUGAGUGUGAAUGGUUGUUUGUCUAUAUGUGCCCUGUGAUUGGCUGGCCACCAGUCCAGGGUGUACCCCGCCUCUCGCCCCAAGACAGCUGGGAUAGGCUCCAGCACCCCCGCGACCCUUGAAGACCCAAGAAUAUUCUAGGCGGAAUAUGUGUGAGCCGCGCAGUGGAAAGAGUGGUUAGCAUCUUGGCCACACAGUCAGGUGACCUGAGUUUGAAUCUUCGCUUGGGCAUCUCUGUGUGGGUUUCCCCCCACAUUUCCAAAACUUACAUUUUAGAUUAAUUGGUGACUCCAUAUUAUCCAUAGGUAUGAAUGAGAGUGUGAAUGGUUGUUUGUCUAUAUGUGCUCCAACUGGGAUAAGAAAGAACGUGACAAGACCCAUAAAAUACAGCAUGUACAUACCCAGAGGGUGUUCCGACAGGACGGGUACAGAGACUACUGUUAGUCCCUUGGGUGUCAGGUUGUUGCUGUCUGGUUGUGGCAAAAAGCGGAUCUUCUGAGGAAGAGGCAGCGAAGGCGACGCAUCUAAACCUGCAAUGUGAGACAAACAGUUGAAGUUUGUUUCAACCAUUUUCACAGGAAGUCUAACCUUUAAGGAGCUUGGUCUCGAUUGUGUCCCUCACGAGUUUCCAUGGGAUACCAGAGGGUUUGUAAACACAAAACAAACCCUCCAAUCUUCGGAACAUGUGAGCAGCAGGGGUUGCCAUAGUGACAUUUACAUUAGGAAAUUAUCAAUAUCUUUAAAAGUGAUAAACACGGAUGAUCUAAAUGCCAUGACUGUAGUCCCUCGCACGUUAGUGUUUGCGCGCAUGCGCAAUGCCUUGCGCUGGACGACUGCUUACUGACCACAGCGCCUCCUACAGGAC